AUGUUGGCUGUACGACGUCACCCCCAGACUCCACACAUUCCUCAACCACAACAUUGGAACUCCUCGAUACCAUCAGCAUCGAACAACCUCAACCAGAUCAACACCAAUCAACCUUUAUUUACCGACGUCAACCUGACGAGCAAUAUAUUUACCUUUGGUGGUGACGAGCCUCUGUUCGACUACCCACCGGCGCCUUACCACUCGAGUCCAUCGCGACUGCCGAUGCAGGCUGAUCAGAGCAACAGCUGGUUCUCGCACGGCCAACUCACACCAACGUCGACGACGAGAGCACACCACCGUGAGUCCUCGCUGUCCUCAUUAGGGUCAGCGGGACCAUCGUCACCAUACACCUCGAAUACCUCGAAUCCUCAAGUAGCCGGCGAAAUUUACCAUGACUUUAACGAUUUCCAGCAGAAUACAUCCAAGCCAUUGACCCCAAUACACACGCCACUCCAAGAAAACUUCAUCACACCACAAUAUCAGAGCUUCUACCACAAUUCUAAUCUGGCCUAUUCGAUGGCGCAAGAAUCGUUGCCAAAACCAUUAGGCAACGCGGAUCUGAUACCUGCUCCAGAGCUGAUUAGCAACCCGAGCAGGAGAACAAUGGCGGUGGCAAGUGACUCAUCCCCGCCACAGUCGUCCGACGAGCAGAAGAAUGGUGAGAAUUCGAACACUGAUUUCUGGUCAAACAGUCACUUACUCUCUCCUCGUUCAGGUUACAGACAGAUGCCCAAACUCGACAGGACUAUGACCGAUAUCUACAGCGACGAACUGUUCAAUCCCAAUUUUCAAAUCACCUCCGCUCCUCUCUCUACCUCGAUCAGGGCAACUCCAGUCUCACCGCACAACGAUGUUUUCUCGCAAAGACUUCAAGCAGCAAAUAACCAACAUUUGAGUGCUUCGAAUAUGCAAACCCCUCUCACGAUCCCAUCCCGAGAACGAUCACCCUUUCGACAAGGCUCCCCGCUGGCACCCACUAGCAAUAGUUUUGCAUCUCAACCAAAUAAUGCACGGUUUGGGACUGCAUCGCACAUCAGGGAACAGCAGAAGGCAGCGAAUGACGCGCGGGCACUUCAACAGCAAUUAGAGCGGACAUCGCCAGAAGAUACCGCUCCCAAGACCAUAUCACCCAAGGAUGUGAAUCUAGUGUAUAACGAAGAUGAGGAGGACGCGAAGACACCACUAUUCCCGCAACAAGAACGUCGAUCGCCAAUUUACAGACAAACACCAAGGAUAUCCCAUGAGCCAUCUGAGGCCGACGAAGUCCCAUCCCUCUCGCAACAAAGUUUCGGGAGCAUGGCCACCUCACGGAGGGAAAGCUCUUCCAAUUAUUCUACCGCGUCUAACGGUGGACAACAGCGUAGCAGCAGUUAUAAUUUUGCUACCCCAGCAGUCCCCGCGCGACAGAUCCCACAACAAUAUCCUUUCGUUCCCCAAACCCACCGACAGACAAGCAAUAUUUCCAACGUCAGUGAGGACUUCCCCGCUACGCUCACGUCGAUGGAAUCCAGUGGUAGCGACUUUGCGCCAGAAUCGCCGGAGUUAUUGAAGAAACCAGCUGGCUCUUCGGCCGACACAGGCACUUACACCUGCACGUACCACGGCUGUACCCUUCGAUUCGAUACACCAGCGAAGUUACAGCGGCACAAGCGAGAGGGGCAUCGCAACUCCACUGCGAUGGGGAGCGGAGCAGACGAAGGCGGGAUGACCUCAGCGGCGCAACGGAACUCACAGGCAGGGCCUCACAAGUGCGAGAGAAUCAACCCGUCGACUGGCAAGCCGUGCAAUACCAUCUUUUCGCGGCCGUACGAUCUGACCCGGCACGAGGACACGAUACACAACGCCCGUAAGCAAAAGGUGCACUGUCCCAUCUGCACCGAAGAGAAGACUUUCAGCAGGAACGAUGCCCUUACUCGGCAUUUGCGCGUAGUCCACCCUGAGCACAUCGAGCUCAACAAGAGCCGGCGUCGUGUGCAUGAUUGA